CGUACAUUCCAGAAUAAAAUCACAUUUAACCAUUUAUAUAACAAAGUUGUUUAAAGUUCUGCAAGCUUUUUAUGUUUGUGGUUCUGUGAUUGCAGGAAGAAACAAAACCUUUCUUGGUGCUCUAAUCUGUUUGAUGUUGCUGUGUUGAGGCUUUUAGCAGCAGUGUAGAAGAUGUUCAAGAACACGUUCCAAUCCGGAUUUCUUUCCAUAUUAUGCAGCCUUGGGAGUAAACCAUUGCAGAUAUGGGACAAAGAAGUUGUGAAUGGUCAUAUCAAACGACCUCAGGAUGAAGAUAUUCAAUCCAAUGUACUAGAAAUAAUCGGAUCAAAUAUUCAGUCCACAUACAUUACAUGCCCAGCUGACCCAGCUGCAACACUUGGUAUAAAACUUCCAUUCUUGGUUAUGAUUGUCAAGAAUCUAAAGAAGUAUUUCACAUUUGAGAUUCAAGUUUUGGAUGAUAAGAAUGUCAGGCGACGAUUUCGAGCUUCAAAUUUUCAAGCCGUCACUCGAGUAAAGCCGUACAUUUGCACUAUGCCACUAAGAAUGGAUGACGGCUGGAAUCAAAUACAGUUUAACCUGGCUGAUUUCACCAAGAGAGCAUAUGGUACUAAUUAUGUGGAGACGCUGCGAGUUCAGGUUCAUGCAAACUGUCGCCUGAGAAGGAUAUACUUCUCUGAUCGCCUCUACUCUGAAGAAGAACUCCCACCCGAGUUCAAAUUGUACCUUCCAAUGCAGAAAUCAUGAAUAUGUUGUUGAAGGAUGGAAUGGAGCUUGGAGAGAGAGUUGGAUGUUAUAUUUAUGCAUGCUACAUAUAAUAAGUAUAAUAUUGGACUCUAUUCUAAAAUUUGUAUGUAUGUUGUGCUAGAUCCUAUAUUAACUUUUGCAACAGCUUGUUCCUGACUUGUGUAGGAGGUUCAGAUAUGCUUAUCUCUUAUAUUUGAGGUUAAUUUUAUGAUGUUGUGCUUUGC